GCAGCCCUGGGAACGUGAGGGUUUCGUUUCCCCGCGGCCCGGGGCGGGCGGGGAGCGAGGGGCGGCGCUCGCGCUGCUUAAAGCCGAAGAGCGGCGGGCGCCUGGCGCCGGUCACUGCACGCGGACGGAGGUGUCGGAGAACAGCUCCGAAUUUCUGCCGACGGGUCAACGUUACAUUGUCAAGUAAAAGGAAGGUAUAUUGGAGCUGACCUGAUAAAGGAAGAAGAUGGUUCAUUCUGACUUGAAAAUCAAAGAACCCGAUUCACCUUCUGCAUCCAGUCAUCUGUUACUAAAUGGAAAUGAUGAUCUGGUGGAGAAAAAUGAGGAAACGGGGUCUGAGAACAACCUGUACAACCAGUAUGAGGAGAAGGUGCGGCCCUGCAUUGACCUCAUCGACUCCCUGCGGGCCCUGGGCGUGGAGCAGGGCCUGGCCCUGCCCACCAUCGCUGUCACUGGGGACCAGAGCUCGGGCAAGAGCUCUGUGCUGGAGGCUCUGUCGGGGUUCGCCCUUCCCAGAGGCAGCGGUAUUGUUACAAGAUGUCCUCUGGUGCUGAAACUGAAAAAACUUGUGAAUGAAGACGAGUGGAAAGGCAAAGUCAGUUUCUGGGACAAAGAGACUGAGAUUUCAGAUGCUUCGCAGGUGGAAAAGGAAAUCAGUGAAGCCCAGGUUGCCAUUGCUGGGGAAGGCACGGGAAUCAGUCAUGAGCUGAUUAGUCUGGAAGUCACCUCCCCUCAUGUCCUGGAUCUGACCCUGAUAGACCUUCCCAGCAUCACCAGGAUCGCUGUGGGCAAUCAGCCAGCCGACAUUGAAUAUCAGAUCAAGUCUCUCAUCAGGAAGUACAUCCUUAAGCAGGAGACCAUCAACUUGGUGCUAGUCCCCGCUAAUGUGGACAUCGCUACCGUGGAGGCACUGCGCAUGGCUCAGGAGGUGGACCUCCAAGGACAGGACCAUAGUCUCCGGGUCGCAGGAAUCUUGACGAAGCCCGAUCUGGUGGACAAAAGCACCGAAGACAAGGUAGUGGACGUGGUGAGAAACCUCGUCUUCCACCUGAAGAAGGGCUACAUGAUCGUCAAGUGCCGGGGGCAGCAGGACAUCCAGCACCAGCUGAGCCUGACCAAGGGCCUGCAGAAGGAGCAGGACUUCUUUGGGAACCACGCCCAUUUCAGGGAUCUUCUGGAGGAAGGAAGGGCCACGGUCCUGUGCCUGGCCGAAAGACUGACCACUGAACUCAUCAUGCACAUCUGUAAAUCUCUGCCCCUGUUAGAAAAUCAGAUAAAGGAGAGUCACCAGAGAAUAACAGAGGAACUACAGAAGUAUGGCUCAGAUAUCCCGGAAGACGCAAGUGGGAAGAUGUUCUCUCUGAUAGAUAAAAUUGAUGCAUUUAAUAAAGAGAUAACUAAUAUAAUAGAAGGGGAAGAAUUCGUGAGAGAGUAUGACUCCCGGCUGUUUAACAAAAUGCGAACCGAGUUCUACAGAUGGAGUAUUGUGGUUGCAAACAGUUUCCGGAAAGGAGGUCAGCACCCGCAUCUCCAGCCACACCCCCUUGAUCAUCCAGUUCUUCAUGCUCAAGACGUUCGUCCAGCUGCGGAACGGCAUGCUGCAGCUGCUGCAGAACAAGGACGAGUACGACAGGCUGCUGAAGGAGCGCAGCGACACCAGCGACAGGAGGAAGCUCCUGAGGGAGCCGCCGCAGCGGCUGACCCGGGCUCGGCUCGCCAAGUUCCCCGGCUGAACCCGCCCUCCGCCCCGCCCCGGGGUCUCCAGGGAGCCAGCGACCGACAUCUUUCCCUGCCAGCCUCGCGUCAUUAGCUGAUCAUUUCACAGUUGCGCCAGUGGUUAGUAGUCAGACUGUAGCCGUCAUCCCUGCUGUUAGUGGAUGACGACCUAGUAAGAAGCUGUGAUGGGCAUGCUGGCUUCGGGCAUAAAGUGAUUUACACAGAUGGUCCACGCCUGCCCUGUGCUCUCUGCAUCACUUCAUCAGUUACCGAUGCCCACACAGCAUCCUAAGAGGGUCAUUCCGGUUUCUGUAGUGGCCUUUCACACCCGACGUUUUAGGGGCAUUAGUGCCACGUGUGUGAAUGCACACAGAAGCCUAUUUCUUUGAUUUGUAAUAAACUCGUUUCGACCA